UGCCAGCAGCCUAAGAUGGGUGACACCUGGUCCCAGCUGCCCUGGCCUGGGCCCCCCCGCCCGGCCAUGCUGCUGGUCUCCCUCAUCUUGGCCGCAGGGGUGAUGCCCUCGGAUGCCGGCACCAGCUGCCCGGUCCUUUGCACGUGCCAUAACCAGGUGGUGGAUUGCAGCAGCCAGCGGCUCUUCUCCGUGCCCCCGGACCUGCCGAGGGACACUCGCAACCUCAGCCUGGCCCACAACCGCAUCGCCGCCGUGCCGUCUGGCUACCUCACGUGCUACAUAGAGCUCCGGGUGCUGGAUUUGCGCAACAACUCCUUGGUCGAACUGCCCGCGGGCCUCUUCCUGCACGCCAAGCGCCUGGCACACCUAGACCUGAGCUACAACAACCUCAGCCACGUGCCGGCCGACAUGUUCCAGGCCGCCCACGGCCUCGUGCACAUCGACCUGAGCCACAACCCGGGGCUGCGGAGGGUGCACCCGCGGGCCUUCCAGGGCCUGGCGCAGCUCCGGGACCUGGACCUCAGCUACGGGGGCCUGGCCUUCCUCAGCCUCGAGGCUCUCGAGGGCCUGCCGGGGCUGGUGACCCUGCAGAUCGGCGGCAACCCCUGGGUAUGCGGCUGCACCAUGGAGCCCCUGCUGAAGUGGCUGCGGAACCGCAUCCAGCGCUGCACGGCGGAUUCUCAGCUGGCUGAGUGCCGGGGCCCCCCAGAAGUCGAGGGCGCCCCACUCUUCUCCCUGACCGAGGAGAGCUUCAAGGCCUGCCACUUGACCCUGACCCUGGAUGAUUACCUCUUCAUCGCCUUCGUGGGUUUCGUGGUCUCCAUCGCAUCCGUGGCCACCAACUUCCUCCUGGGCAUCACGGCCAACUGCUGCCACCGCUGGAGCAAGGCCAGCGACGAGGAGGAGAUUUGACCCGGGUACCUCCACGCCGCUGACCACCGGGCACCCUCCCUGGCUGCC